CCCGCGCGGUGCCCCGGGCGGGGGCCGGGGGCGGCCUGAGCUGCCAGGGGUCACGUGCUCCCGGGAUUCAGAGCUGCAGAUCUCGGAUGUACCGCGCGCUACAGGUGCCCAAGCGUCCCCGCAAAGGAGUCCAGGCCUGGGGGGAGGGGGCGCUGUGGGUUGCCGCCCGACAUCAGCCAGCCAAGAUGCUCAGCUUUAUAGGUGGGACUUACACUUGUGACGUCAUCUUUUGAAGCCUCAGUUUUGUCAUCUGUAGAAUGGACAUAAUGGAUGCUACCCCACAGGACUGCUGAGAAGAUUAAAUGAGACAAUGCUUGUAGAGCUCUUUGCAGGAGGGAGACCUGGAGGCAGGGACUGACAGGCAGAGCACACCUGCUGUCACCCAAGACCGUGAGCAGCGUGAAGACCCCGGUGGAGCUGGCCGUCAGUGGGAUGCAGACCCUCCACGUUCAGCACCGCUGCCGGGGCAGCUGCCGGGUCAAGGUUAGGCCGUCAUACGUGGAUGAGACUUUGUUUGGCAGUCCUGCAGGCACCCAGCCCACACCACCAGUCUUUGACCCACCGUGGAUGGGGAAGGCCAACAGAACCAGAGGAGUGGGUACAGGGGCGUCACAGACCUCAGGGGCCAACGGGAGCUGUGAGACUACCUCCUCCAGGGACAAGACCCUGACCCUCGCACCAAGGAAGAAGAACAAAUACAGACUGGUUGGCCACACUCCAUCUUACUGCGAUGAGUCGCUCUUUGGCUCCCGACCUGAGGGCGCCGGCUGGGAGGCCUCAUGGAUGACGAAGGGGGAUGCUGCAAAGCUCCAUGCCCUCUUCUGGACACCCCCAGCUACCCCUAGGGGCAGCCACUCACCCCACCCCAGGGAGACUCCAGUGCGAGCCAUUCACCCAGCUGGUCCCUCGAAGACAGAGCGCAGGGUGGUGGCAGACUCCCGGAGGUUGUCCGUGGAUGGGUUAGACUCUCCACGCCCUCCGAGGUGGGAGCGUUCUUAUUCCCUCACCCACCUUAAUGUCCCCAGCACAAGUCACCCACCCACCAGUACCCCCUGCACAAACGGGCCUCAAGAUCCCAGACCUUCCCCGUCAGGAGUGACCUUCCGGAGGCCCCUGGUGACUCCCAGGGCUCAUUCAGUCAGUGUUUCAGUGCCAGUUACCCCCCGACGAGGCGGAGCCACCCAGAAACCAAAGCCACCUUGGAAAUGAAUUUCUUGGUGCUUUCUGCAGGUUUGCCCAUGGGGUCACAGCAAAGGGCAGAGUUUCAGAGGAUGGCACUGGUGGGCGGGCCUUUGGGGAGACCACCAGGCAUUGGCAAAGCACUCCUGGGGGCAGAG